UUCUCGACCACCGAACCUCACCCUACACACCAUUCACCGCAAUCAUGGCUGAGCAACUCGUACUCCGCGGUACCCUUGAGGGCCACUCCGGCUGGGUCACCAGCUUGGCUACCUCGCUCGAGAACCCCAACAUGCUCCUGUCCGGAUCUCGUGACAAGACCUUGAUCAUCUGGAACCUCACCCGCGAUGACACCAGCUACGGCUUCGCAAAGCGGUCCCUCCACGGACACUCUCACAUUGUCUCCGACUGUGUGAUCUCCUCCGACGGUGCCUACGCUCUCUCCUCGUCCUGGGACAAGACCCUGCGCCUGUGGGAGCUCUCCACCGGUCAGACCACCCGUCGUUUCGUCGGACACACCAACGAUGUUCUCUCCGUCUCCUUCUCGGCCGACAACCGCCAGAUCGUCUCCGGCUCGCGUGACCGCACCAUCAAGCUCUGGAACACCCUCGGUGACUGCAAGUACACCAUCACCGACAAGGGCCACACUGAGUGGGUCUCGUGCGUGCGCUUCUCGCCAAACCCUCAGAACCCAGUCAUCGUCUCCGCUGGUUGGGACAAGUUCGUCAAGGUCUGGGAACUCUCCACCUGCCGCCUUCAGACCGACCACACCGGCCACACCGGUUACAUCAACACCGUCACCAUCUCCCCAGAUGGCUCACUCUGCGCUUCCGGUGGCAAGGACGGUACCACCAUGCUUUGGGAUCUCAACGAGUCCAAGCACCUCUACUCUCUCAGCGCCGGUGACGAGAUCCACGCCCUUGUCUUCUCGCCCAACCGCUACUGGUUGUGCGCUGCCACCGCCAAGGAGAUUGUCAUCUUCGAUCUUGAGAAGAAGAGCAAGGUUGACGAGCUCCGCCCUGAGUUCCUCGAGGCCGGCGGCAAGGCCCGUGACCCAGAGUGUGUUUCCCUCGCCUGGUCCGCCGACGGCCAGACCCUGUUCGCUGGAUACACCGACAACAAGAUCCGCGCUUGGGGUGUCAUGUCUCGCGCUUAGACGUCUUCGAAAGAGGAUGGGAGUGCGGAGUAUGAAGGGAGGCAGGAGUUGGAAAACGGCACGAUGAUGUCUCGAUACGAGGAUCGCUGGCACUGUCUUCACGAGCUGCAGUGGGAGUAUGAGCCAGUCGAGAUCCGAUGAAAGGUCGAAGCGGUGCACGUGCCAAGUAGCGCAUAGAAAAGUCAAUGAAUUGUUCUGUUCACC